AAGACAUCAUGGAUCUACUACUUGAUAAAUAUCCUUUACCGAAAGUGCUACGAAUUGGAGCGUGGGUUCGACGGUUCAUUCCGAAUUGUAAACGACAACCUGCAGAGAGAGAGAAAGAGAGAGGUCCCAUCAACAGUCGUGAGGUUCAACAACAACGAGAAUGGUGGAUACGACUGGCCCAAGACGCAGUCAAACACGAUGCACGAUAUUUAGCCGACCGAGAGCGAUUAAACCUACAGGAGAACAACCUCGGAAUUCUGGAGUGUAGAGGCAGAAUUAUCGGAGAAUAUGUGCGUGGUCUUCGUGAGCAACACCGAAUGACUAGACUAAAAUCAAUGCAACAUCCCAAAGUUGGAGGGAUCGUGAUUGUAAAGGAAGAUCAAAAACCAAGAAAUACCUGGAAACUUGGUAUAGUUAAGCAAAUCAUCACGGGCAGAGACGGUGUAAUACGGGCAGCUAAGCUUAAAACUGCUGGUG